CCGCCCCUCCCCCGCCUUUUUCUUUGAUGAACUCCCUGCGCCAGGUGCUUGGCCGGGCGCCGAGCCUGCCGAGCGCCCUGCCGGCCGCCGCCGCCGAGGAGGCCGUUCGCCACGGCCGGCGCCGCGUCCCCAGGCCCGGCGCCUCGACCGGUGGCCCCGCCACUGCCUCGGCCGCCGUCACCGGGAAGCCCUCCCCGCCGGCCCGGCUGCGUGCCACCUACCUGCUGGCCGGCGGCCGGCCCGGCAUGCUGGUCAUCCCCCGGCAUCUGUCCUCGGGGACGGUGGUGAUCGCGCGGCCGGGCCCGCGCGGCGCACGGCCCUCCCCCCCGGCCCCCGGCGAUGCCCAGCCCAAGGCCCACAUCCCGGGGCUGUUCCUGCUGGCCGUGGCCUUCGCCGCCUUCUUCGCGGGCCAGCUGCCAGACAGCUCCUUCCGUGCCUUCUCGAAGGCCUUCCCCUCGACGCCGCUGCCGAUGUACGGGCACCACCCCAUCCGCCGCGAGGGCCUGGAGGAGCCCCGGCAUGUUGCCGCUGCGGCCGGCGCCGAGUCGGCCGCCGGGCCCGAUGCCGGGGGGCUGAUGGCCGGCCGCCUGGCCCCGGCAGCAGCCGAGGCCAGCCUCAACACCACAGGCCACCGGGCCAUCGACGGGGCCCCCGACGCGCCCUUCAGUACCAGCUACGCCGACGUGCCGCGGGGGCCUGCCCCCACCUCGGGCCCGGCAUCCGUGGCGUCUCCCCUCCUCAGUCGUGAUGCCCUGGUCCUGGCCGCCGAGAAGGCCCUCCAGUCGACGGUCAGCAUCCGGCUGGUCACCAUGCGCGACAAGUGGGGCUCCAGCGGCGAGACCCUUCCCCAGUCCUCCUCCGAGGGGUCGGGCUUCUUCAUCUCCGAGGAUGGGGCCGUCCUGACCAAUGCCCAUGUCAUCAGCGCCGCCCUGUCGGACGCCGACCCGGCCAAGUCUGUCCUCCGGGUGACCGAUGCCGAUGGCCGGGUCUUCCAUGCGGAAGUCCUCGCCGUGGACCCGAUCACCGACCUGGCCAUCCUGCAAACUUACGCCGCGGCCGGCAGCCAGCCUGCCUCCCGCGUCACGCCGGCCACCUUCUCCCAGCGCAGUGCCGAUCUUCGACCUGGCGAGUACGUGGUGGCUGUCGGCUGCCCGCUCGGCUUUAAGAACUCCAUCUCCGCCGGUAUUCUCAGUGCCACCACGCGGCGACCUUCGGACGUUGGUGCCGUGGAAAACGGCCUGACCUACCUCCAGAACAACUUCCCUCUGAACCAGGGCAACAGCGGUGGGCCGUUGCUCGACCUGGAUGGCAAUGUCAUCGGCAUCAACACCGUCAAGCUUAAUGGCGAGGGGAUUUCGUUUGCCAUCCGCAUCGACACGGCCCUGCCAUUCAUCCGCCAGCUGGCCCAGGCCGGCCGCGUGCAACGCACGCCUCUGGGUCGGCAUGCGCCUGGCUCCGCGCUGGUCCUUCUUCGAUGAGACCGCCCGCCGGGGGGCCCGCCUGCCACAUCUUCGUGUCCAGGAGAUCCACCGGAAGUCUCCGGCCUUCCGGAGUGGCCUUCGCCCGGGCGACAUGAUCACCUGCGUCAAUGGCGCGCCUGUCCGGACCAUCUCCGCCUUCUCCCAGAUCCUGAAUGAGUCCAUCGGCUCGCCGGUGGGCAUCCACUUCAUCCCCGAGAGCUCGGCCACCGGGUACUCGCAGCCCGAUGGCGAGGAGGCUGCCGGGUCCUCCGCCGGCCGGGUCCCCCCGGGCGCUCCGCUACCGGAGUACAUUUGCCCGCUGUGCCAUCCGGAGGCCCGAUCCGGGCCCGGGCGCGGGUCAUCCCGAUCGACGGUCAUCGUGCCGGAGGAGCUCGACCCGCUGGCCCACCCGGAGCAUGUGCUCUUCCUCAACCGUACCCCCCCCUCCUCGGCGCCGGCCAACCAUCCGCGCCAGGCGCCGGCCAAAUAGACUCGCCCUCCGGCUGCCGACGCCCAAGCAAGGUGCCAACGGAGCACACCAAUCGCCGACGCACCUCCCCACGCCCAGGGGGCCUGUCUCACA